CAGUUCGAAGUAUUGCUACGUAUAUAUGCAGACAUGGCGCUUAAAUUUCAAAAAAGAAAGAUAUCUCCAACUACAAAUCCCAGAAAAGUCGUCUUCGAGAAGUGGGAUAACUACAGAUCUGGAUUCUUCAGCCCUAGAAACCAGCAAAGUGAAAAUGAAGCUUUUUCAGAUGAAAGUGUAUCAAGAAUUUCCUGGAGCUCACCAUCUAGCAGUGACAGUGAUCUUCACUCAUCAGAGAAACCACCCAGGCUAAAUUACCUUCAGAACCACCGUGUAGUGACCAGACUUAAUUUUGAUGACUGUGUCACCACAAAACAUAAGACACCACGAAAGAAGCGUGCAAAAGUUAGUCGUUUGUUUGUGAAACGUGAGCAGUCCGAGCCUAUUGUUGAUAUUGAGAACCAGAGGAGGGGCUCAAUAGCAAUGAGCAGUGAGAUGUUACCGGUUGCUGUUGUAAAAGAUUUGUCAGUUGGUCUGCAUGUGGAUUCAAUGAAGAGUAAUGACAUCAGUUCAGAACCAAAGAAUGAUUGUCAUAUUGAAGAAGAAUCAGUCAGUGUUUUCCAAAAUGAUAGUCAUGAUUUGAGUAUGACCCACACAUUAGAAAUGUCUAAUGAACAUUUUCAAAGUAACAGAGAGAGAACAGAAAAUGAUAGUAUACAUUCUUCAUCUGCUUGUCCCCGAUCAACUUCAGAAAGGUUAAUAAACGCAGAAAAUGAGUCCCAGUAUGCUCACGGUCAUACUGCGUCACCUAAUUUAAAAUGUUCAGGUGCAUUACAAAAUGACUGUGGAUCUCCUGUGCUGGAUAUUGCGUCGGGAAGACUGUCGAAAGACUGUGCUAAAGAAACAAUUGUGCACAUGUCUCUUAAAAGGAAAAGUAAAGGUGAGGAACUCGUAGCAAAGAAUUAUGAGGUAGACAACAGUUGUCUGUCACUUGACCAUGAAGCAUCAUUUCUGGAUGUAUCAGUGAGUCUAUUAUCAAAAGUACAUUCUCACAGACGAAAGCAAACUUUGGUAAUACCGGAAGAGGAGCAGCAUGACAGUGUUAUGGAGAAAGAUUUUUAUUCAGCAAAUGAAGAUGUGCACAAUGUCUGUAAUGUCAAUGUGAAAGAUACUGUUAGAUUGUCCCAGUCUCCUGUACUUAGCGUGGAAGCUAGACCUAAUUCUCGUAGAAAACGCAUGAGGCGUUGUAGUGAGGGUAAGAGUGCAGAGCAGUUAGUUAAGCUACCAGUGUCACCAGUUCUUAAGACAAAAGCAGUAACUACUUCCCACAGGAAGCGACAAAAGUAUUUUAGCCAGAAAGUGGUAGUGGAAACGGUUGGCCCUUCACAAUCACCUGUACUAAAGAGAGAAACAAGUGCUCUCCAUUGGAGGGAUUUCAAAAGAUCGAAACACAACAAGAAAGCCAAGGAAAAUGUAGGAAACUCUCUACAUUUAAGUACUAGACCCAACAUAUUGACUCUGGGAAAGGUGUCUCUUGUUUCAGAUAAAAAUAAUGUUUGUAAAUUACUCAAUUCUGACUUGAAGUUAGAGAUAAACACAGAAGACAAAAAGGUUUCACUAAAUUGUGAAAUCUGUGCUGUACAAUCUGAAAGCAAUUUAAUGCUUAAAACGGUUACUGCAGACUCUGUUAAUUUUUUAAAGUCUGUACAGGCACAGGUAUCGAUCCCCAGUGAGCUAAAGGAUGGUAACACUACUCUAGAUAGACAUAGUCAUACCGAAAGUGAUUUCAGCUCUGCUCCUCAGGAGUAUGUUCCUCCCCCUGAAAGCAACAGCACUGAGUACACACAAAAGUUAGAGCAGAACAGCUCAAGAAAUUCUCAAUGUUUAAAUACACAUUGUGUUUCACUUGUUACAGAGGACUGUGAUGGUACUUGUGCUGUUGAUGAAAAUAACUCAAGCGGUAUUCAGUUUGUGCAUAAUGAAGAGUCUAACUCGGAGCAGUCAGAACCUCUGCAAAUCUCAUUUCUCUCUCAGAAUAACUCAGACUUGCCAAGAGAGCCAUCUGUCACACAGACUGAUAGAAAAAUAUUUUAUCAUUUGAAUUCAGCUUUAGUCAACUCAAACCAUGAUUUUCCUGCAACUUACAAUGAAAACUUUAGCCAGAAUUUUACUCCAGAUAUUUCAUUUUUGACCCAAGAUCCAGAUUUAAAGUACAGCCCUCUAAAGCCAGAAAAUUCAAUCAAAUUAUUGACAAUAUACAACAAGAGUUCAGAAGCUGUAUCUCCAAAAUUGUGCCAGAGUACACAAGAUGUCAAGAAACCUGCAAAACGCAAGCGUGUGAAACCUGUUAUGAAUCUGAAAUGCAUUAGAACAGUACAGAAAAAAGAAACUGAAGAUGAAAGUUAUCAGGCUAUUUGUAAUCAGCAGUUCCCAUCUUCUUUUGUGACUAUUGAACAUACAUCGUCACAAGAAGAAAAGGGGAGAUCCAGCCAGAACAUACAAGACUCACAGGUCAUAUCUCAGCUGUCAUCACCAAUGAAGAAAUCAAAGUCAUGUGUCAGUUCACCAGACAGUCCAUUAGUGAAUGACAUUAUACCUAUGGAAUUGGGUACACUCAAACAAACAUCUGAAGUAAAAAUUUGCAUGGAUUCUGCAAAGAAGAAGAAGAAACGGCUUAAGAAGAAUGGUUUGGCGAGUAGAUUACGGCAGCUGCUUGUACGCCGGAAGUCAUCUAUACGCAUGUGGCAGUAUCAGCAGUGCUUGGCGGAAAAGCGUCAUGCUAAGUACAGAGCAGUACAGUUCCUCGUGACUGCUGUUUGGACUGAGUUGAGUCGUACCAUCAUCAGAUGCAGAAGGCAUUUGCAGUCUCCUGAUACCAGAACGUGUGAGCCAUGUGAAGACCAGAAAGAAUGUUCACAAGAAGAAUUUGUUAAUACAGAUGUGGUAGUUGUUCUGGAUGGUGAUCAGGCAGUGACUGCACAUCUCAGGGCUGGUUCUGUAAUACAGAUUUUUCCUCCUUGUGAAAUAGUGCACAUAAAGUCAGCUUAA